AGCCCUUGCCGCCACAACAGCCAUGUUGGCUGGCUGACUGGGGAGAAGGAGGUGGCGGGAGCUGUAGUCCAAAACAUCCGGACCGGCGAGCGAAGGUUUCGAGGCGGAAGGGGCGGGCUACGGAGGCCGACGGAGGCCAAUCCGGACCGCCCGGCGCUUUUCCCGGCACCCCCCCGGGCGGGUUGUACACAAUCAUCAUGGCUGCCGCCUCUGCCACCCCCGGUGCGCGCGCGAGAGAGAGCGGGGUCCGCCAGGGUCGGGGGCGCGCGGAGGGAAACAAGGGGCAAGGCCUGGGCUGUACACUUUGGGGGUGGGCGACCCCCGGCCUUCCCUCUCCCCUUGCCAGGGCAGCCCCAAACUCCCCCCUCAAGGCAGCGACUAGGCUGGGUUGGGCUGGAGGUUCACCCUCACCUGCCUCCCCUCUCUCGGCCUCGUGCCUUGAGCCACUUUUUCCUAAAGCGCCACCCACCCAGGAAAGCUUCGGAGGGUCUUCCUCGGGGGAGGCGCCCUGGCACGAGGGAGGGGAGUUUCCCAGGCGUGUAGCCGAGGUCUGCCUGGCUUCAGCCCUGAGACGGGCUGGGCCCGCAAAACUGGGGGCGGGUGCAGAGAUGGGGGGUGUAGGGAGAAAUACUGCAAGGCAUAAGAAUGAGGAAAGUAGGGUUCUGCUCGCCAAGCGGGUACAAUUGGGGGAGGCACUCCAGUACUGGAAUAAGUGCUAUUAAACGAAGAGAAAAUAGUUACUGUUGGGAGUGUUUUGAGCUGACUCUGUACCUGCCGCUGACAUAAUUCAGCCCCGACUGAAGUCUUAAUUUGGAUUGGUGGGGGUUUUUGUUUUUAUUUUGAGUGUUGUCCCAAAACAGUGCAUAAGGAGUGUAUGUAUACAUAUCCCACCUCUCUCAAGGGGGCUGUUCUCAUUUGUUUCCUUUCUUUGCAGAUUCGGAUGACACCAGCAUGGAUGCAGAAGCUGAGAAUCCGCCUCUAGACUGCAGGGAUGGCAGCGAUCCUCUUUCUGCUGAGAAACCUUUGGAGACUGAUGAUCCUCAAAGUGAUCCACCUGACCCACAGGCUUCUGUCAGCAAUGGCGGCGAUUCUGAGAUUGGGAAAGAGCUGGUUGAGCUAAAAAUUAUCUGGAACAAAAAUAAGUAUGACUUGAAGUUCCCACUUGAUAACACAGGGGCUGACCUGAAGCAGAAAAUCCACUCACUCACAGGUGAGGCUGUCUGUGUUUUAUGGAGAGGUAAUUCUACCACGUGACCUUCCCAUCAUAUCUGGAAGAAAUUCCUGCGUUAAAAAGUCUUCCCUGUUGAUUCCUUCUUUGCUAGGCCUUCCACCUGCAAUGCAGAAGGUCAUGUUCAAAGGACUUCUACCAGAGGAUAAAACUUUACGGGAAAUCAAAGUGAUCAAUGGAGCAAAAAUAAUGGUGGUUGGCUCAACUAUCAAUGAUGUCUUGGCAGUAAACACACCAAAAGAUGCUGCUCAGCAGGAAGUGAAAUCAGAAGAGACCAAAAAGGAGCCCCUUUGCAGACAAAAGGUUGGUUACAACUUCCAGCCUAGGUGGCUUGUUUGGACUGAAAGUGUACAUGGAUCUCCCAGGUAAAAUGGGAGUACCCCUUUUGACCAUAGACCAGUUAAAAGGAAGGACCUUGAGGUCCAUGUGCUUCAGUGAAAAGUUAACUUGAAGCUCCUUAUCUUGAUAAUUCCUGCAGCAGCCUUCUGGUUAGAUCAGUAUUCCAAUAACUGAGAGAGCAAGUUGCCUAAAAACUAUCUGCAAGUCCAAGGUUGAAGAGCCAUUUGAACUCUAUUUAACUUUAGUGGAACGAACAGUGUAGUGACUGUAAUUUAGCAAUAAAUAACAUUUUAUAGCCAAAUGGUACUGCCCUUUAGGUACUCCUGUUGAAUUUGGCCUUUGUCACCUUUGGCCGAUAGCUAAUUCUGCUAUCAACUGGCCAGUUUUGAGGUGGGAAUCUCUGUGAGAUCUUCUCAUGCUUUCCUUUGCAAAGUUACUAAUGUGAUAGUUUUCACCAAAGUUGUGGUGUAAACCCUUGAAUUUUAGGGAAGUGUGUGAAUUUAUAACUACUGAUAGACAGAAUACAUACUAUGCAUUUCUUGAUUGCAUUUGGAUUGUGUGGCUAAGAUAAGAGGUAACUAAUUGCCUGUGUAUCUUCUUGAAAUUCUUAAAAAUCUCAAUAUGUUAGCAAGUAGGUAGAUGGGAAAAUCUUCUAGGCUUUUGUCAUGUUUAUUUUUUAUUUCCGCUUUGUUACAGCAACACAGGAAAGUGUUAGAUAAAGGAAAACCUGAAGAUGUGAUGCCUUCUGUCAAGGGUGCCCAGGUGUGUGAGUAGGCUGUGUCAUUGUUGAGCUCCAUAGGAGCCAGUGGCAGUUUCUGGGGCUCUUCCUUCUCUCCUACACUUGUGUCCUGUAGAGGAGGGUGGCUUUUUUAACUUUGUGCUGUAAAGCUGGCAGAAGCUUCCUGUUGUUCACAGAAGACCUCUGUUCUCAACUUCUUAGGAGCGCCUGCCAACUGUUCCUUUAUCGGGCAUGUACAACAAGUCGGGUGGAAAAGUGCGGCUCACCUUUAAACUUGAACAAGAUCAGCUCUGGAUUGGCACUAAAGGUAGGUGCUCAAAAUUAUAUACUUUGGGGGGACCAGAAGACUUCUCUCUGGGGGAGUACUGAUGGCAUGUUUAGUGUUUCACAGCUGACCCCUUGCAAGAUUUCUGAGCCUGUAGAGUCAUCCUGUUCGGGUGAUGGUUUAGGAGCAACAGAUAGAAACAUGCUACAGUUCAUGUGAAGCUUGAGCGGAAAAGGCAUUGGUGAUUUAGAUACCUUAGAGUGCUUUUCCUGUACAUCUUUGACCAAUUAAUAAUUUGGCCUGCUUGAAGGGUUUUACCUACCUAAUAUAUGAGGGCUUUUGUGGCUCUUCAGUGUUUAAUGCUCUGCCUGUGCCCCUUGUGUCUGUUGUGCAGGAGUCUUUUUGUGGUGGGGAGUUGAGCUGCUUGUGUCCCAAGAACCAUCGUGGAGGGAGGCUCUGAAAGUGCUGAAACAUUGAGAGCGCUGGCAUUCUGCACACACGCACGCCAGUGGCACUUUAUUUAUUUAUAUACCACUGUCUCAUAAAUAUCAGAACAUUGCACAGGGGCUGAGCAGAGUGGGGACCAUUAAAAGCAGAACUUGCAGUACAGAGGGUCCUUAGAAAGAGAUUUUGUUGACCUGGCUGGCUGGUUGAACUCUGUGUAGUAUUUUAGUGGCUCUGUAAGCUGCACUUCCUGCUCGUUUGCAGCCCCAGGCUUUCUUUAGAUGCAAAACUGGAUUGAGCAGGCAUGAUGCGUGGAGUUGAAAGGGCUAAAGAGUCUGUGGGAAAUUAUGGGUAUUUCUGAGUUUCAUUUAACAAGGCUAGUUGAGGAGCAGCAUACUUUUGCUACACUCUGGUUUCCAUUGAAAGCUGGGGCUUACUAGUUUAGAUGUUUUUGACCCUCACACAGAGCAACAGGCACAGUGUAGCCCAUACUAAGCUGUUGUAUGUCCCAUUUGGUUUCAAUAGCAGCUAAGCUCAUGCUUAAUUCUCACCAGAUGAAAUUAAUGGGCACAAAGUGCUUUUGGCCUCAGUCACAACUGUGGUUGUGUAAUCUCUGUAUUAUGACUUCUUAAUGGUUACUGAUAUGACUGAAUAAUAUUCUAAUGCAGUAAUGGCCAAUUUCAUUAUAUGGGGUUUGGUUUUUCCCAAUCCAACUCCUUAGCAGUAGGAGCACUUAAACCAUCACCUGUUCUUGCAGCAGCCCACCUGGGGAGGGUCAGGCACCUGGUAGCUCACAUCUCUGCCUGGCAAAUGGCCCUACCAUUGGGGAAAGAGAGAGACCAUCUGAGUGCCUCAGCAGGGGGAUCUUCUCCUUUUGCAAAAAGGCACAUCUGUUGACUAGGAAAGAUGUGAAAUGUGACACUCUAUUAUGCUGGCCUUGGACCAGCUUCACAUAGGGAGGAAAUAUGCUGAUAAGAGGUUGAAAUGCAUUCUCAUUUUGUCGCUGUGUGGUCUUGCAGACAGACCAUGCUUUUGUUUUGUUUAAUUCUAUCUGAUUUCUUGCCACAGGAAUGGUUUAGGGGGUGAACUAGGGAAACAGCAAGAACUUUAAGGAUUAAGCUGCAUAUGGGGUUUAUAAAUUUCUUUUGUCUUAGCAGAAGAAAGCCAUUUAUUUAUUUAUUUAUUCAUUCAUUCAUUCAUCCAUCCAUCCAUCCAGUGAGUUGAGUGAUGCAAAGAGCAUUCGGGGUGGAGGGAAGGUCAUCUUUGGAAGAGGAGAGGUUGUUGGAAUCAGGUAUUGAGGCUGUUGUAGUUUUGAGAAAGCCUUUCCUUUUUCAUACAUUCUGAUGGGAUGGAGAAGCUCUGGAAGGAAGAGUGGAGGAAUGGUGUGAAAUGUCAUCCUGCCCAAGUUGACAUGUUUUAUUUCAAUGCAGAAAGAACAGAAAAGUUGCCCAUGGGGUCUAUCAAGAACGUGGUGAGUGAACCUAUCGAAGGACAUGAGGAUUAUCACAUGAUGGUAAGGAAUGGUCCUCUGCAAAUACUGCACCUGAACUUUUUCAGAUGUUAAGCCUAGGGUUUCAGGAGAAGACUACAUUCCUAUGAGCAAAAGCAGUCAGCAUAAGGGCUAAUUCAGAGAGAAGCCUUUCUUCCUUCUGUACCCUUCAUGCAGCACUCUCCAUAGAGAGGAUCAUAUUCCCUGCUUUUUACCCUGCAAGAAGACUCAUCAUUCAGUGAACUCCUGUCUGCCUCUCUUCUAUUUUCUACGGAGGAAGUACUUCUCCCUUCAGUGGACAGAAACACACAGGGGCACAGGGCCUCUACUUACAUAACAAUCUCAUUAACUUUUUGGUUUAUUUGCCACUUGAAAGGAGAGUUUAUGCGUCUCCUUCUCUUUCCUCCUCUCACAAAUAGAACUGAAGUUGGUGUUAAGUGAGGACCAAGGGGUGUGUUUGUGGCCCUCUGGAUGUUUCUGAACUACAACUCCCAUCAGCUAGCAUGGCCAGCGGUCAAGAAGGAUGAUCAUGGUGGGAGUUGUAGUACAGUUUAGUUGCAGCAGCUGACUGGUUUGCACAAGUGCAGGAGUAAAUAAUUGAAGCAGAACACCUGGGGCAGGGGGGAGGCGCAGUGUGUGAGCACAGAGCUCAUUCCCGAAGCACCAAACCGUGAUUUGGCUUUUAUAUUCAAAAGUCUGAGCCCAGUUGGCAAAAUGCAUAAUGUCUCUGCGUGUGAACAAAGUAGUAUCCGGCUUGCUGGAGGCAAGCCAAUACUCUCUGCCUCAACUACUUUGUCUAUAAUAUGGAGAUGCUGGUGUUAGUGAUGGCCUACAUUGCUUGGUUGUUGCAAGGGUUUGGGGAUAAUGUACAUGAAAUACUUUGAACACCCGAAUAUGUAUAAACAGAAAGUGUCUGAUACCAGUUGCUGAAAACCACAGGAGGAGAGAGUGCUCUUGUGCUCAAAUCCUGCUUGUGUGUUUCCCAAAAGAGGCAUCUGCUUCACUACUAGAAGAACAGAAUGCUGAACUAGAUGGGCCAUUGGCCUGAUCCAGCAGGCUUUUCUUAUAUUCAAUGUUUUGAGAGAGAACUGCUGCUCCUCAGGAAACUGCUGAAUCUGGCUUGGUCCCAGUGUUAAAUGAGGUGGCCAUAGUUUGAGAGACCUUAAUCCUGAGCAUCCUGUUCUUCUUUUCCCACAUCUUCCAGGCCUUCCAGCUGGGUCCUACUGAAGCCUCUUACUACUGGGUCUAUUGGGUGCCUACUCAAUACGUGGAUGCCAUCAAGGACACAGUGCUGGGGAAGUGGCAGUAUUUUUGAAGGCACGCUCACCUCUGGCACUGGAGACUGACAUGAACCUAAGGACACUGCUAGGAGAGGCCUGGACAUGGGUCGUCCUGGAACUUCUUAUCGAUACGAUCUCAAAGAGGCCUGGGAGGACGCCAGAGGUGGGGAUCUCUCGCCAUUAGUUUAUUUUUAACUUAAAAAGUGCAGCAGCAGCCUUUGUUUGGCAGCCCAGCUUCAACCAUAUUUAAAAACAAAAAGCAAAUAUGAUGGAAAUCAAUAAACCUUAAUUCACAAACCACUGUGUGUAAUACACUUUAACUGUGCCAGGUGUAGUAGCCCUUCUGGUUUUCUGUUUCUGCAAGGAGAAAAACGCUGACACACCGCUGAGGAUUUUCUACAUGAUUUGGACAAGAGACAGAUAUUUUCGUAACUCUUCAUUAACAAGCGUUAUGGUUUGUUUUGAGGUAUGCGCUUGUGACUGGGAGCUUGAGAAGUAGGUUUCUCUCUCUCCUUUUUAAUACUAAAAGAAAACUUUUAAAUGGUAUGCAAACUUGGGGUUUCAGAAGCCAUAUCUUCCUUGUCCUUAAGUUUCCUGGUAGCUUUUCUGGUAGCAAAAUGGGACAACUCUCACUCUUAACCCAAAGAUGCUUGACUCCCUUUUCAGAUGCUGGCAAUGAUUCUUUAGUGGAGUUUUUCAUGCCUGUUACUGAGAGGAAGGAAGCUUAAUAAUGCAGGAGGCUUGCAGCCAUGCUGGACUGUUGCUUACUCUGUUCUGUGUUCUGCCAUUCUCUCUUUCUCCCUUUCUGCUACCAUUAUUAGGGGGAUCUAGACUGCCUUAAGAAGCAUUUCUUGGCUAUCCCUGUUGUUACCGAGAAUUACUUUGCAGCUAGCUUGUGGGUUUGUUAUCUCUUGUUUUACGUAUAACAUUUGCUCUGCAUCCAGACCGCAUCCAGUAUCACCCCAGCAUCAGUGGGGCUUCUGAAUGUGUGUACAGUCACACAGCUGCCUCAAUGUGCUCAGAAGGGAGGUCCCUCCCUGUGUUCAAAGAAGAGACACGGCUGGUCUGUGUGAACAUACGUGCUCUCCUGUGCAUUCUAGAGAUGCUGGGUUUGCAGCUGUUAUCCACAGCAAGAGAGCACAUUCUUCACACCCUUUAAUAUGAGGUUAGUGGCAUUGUCAAAUGUUUUAGCAACUUUUCCAUAAAACGGUGGUUAAAAUUGAACAAAGUGGUAGUCACUUGCUUUUUGUUCAUUAUACCAGAACUCUGGUCCACUGCAUGGCCUGUGGAAGACACGAAUUUGCUUUAGAAUACAGGUUUUUUCUGUUUGGUGCUCUUUAUAUCAUGUUUUCAGCUGAGCAAGUAGCUGGCCAUCACCCUGUUCCUUGGCCCACUUGGGGGACCCUCAGGUGUCCUUGUACCCUAUCUUCCAAGCAGGUGUUCCUUGAGUCUUUGCCUAGGUGAACUUGGAGUGUGGCUUAACAUCAUGAUUUGCAUUGAUCCUGGUAGGAACUGAACCAGAAUGAACUGUCAUUCCAGCCUAGCUCAUUCAGGAUAAGUUCCCUGGGGUUCAUGUUUUUUAAGAACAAUUCAGACAAAUUGCAUCCAUAGACCUCCCUUGUUCAGUUGAGUUGGCCGUCUUAUUUUCUGCUGAGCUAUUGUAUAAAUCUUUUUGUGCCUGGUGGGGGCACAUUUCAAGAACCCUUGAAGUAAUUGUGACUUCUGUGCCAUCUAAUUUUUUGGAAGUGACCAGUCUGGUUUUGAUUAUUGAUUUCCCCACUCCUAAACAUCACCAGGUGUGUGAAUAGAGAUAUAUAAAACUUCAAAUGUUAAUGCCGUGGUUGGGUCAGGGCACGUUUUCCUGGAGAAAAAACAGGCAUUUGGAGAAAUUGAAAUUUAUGCAAUUCUUUCUUACCAAACCUAAACCCAAGGCUAUUAGUACUAACUAUCCUGCAUUUCAUUCAUGAAUCUAAGAAGUAUUGCAGCAGACUAUAAUCCUUCAAGUGCUACUUUCAAAGGCUUUUUAUUCAUCCUCCCAGUAGUAGAAAAAUAUUGCAUAACAGUUUUUUUAGUCUUUCCUCAAAUGCCAAGUUUUUACAGUAUCCCCACCCCCCCGAGUAUAUGUGUUAGGGUACCCAAUUAUUUUACACAUCUCUACUAGUAACUCAUAACUCCUACUGGCAACUAGUAACCAUAAAUACUUACAGAGUAAGGUUGGCUGCAAUUUUAGCAUUGGGAACGUAAGACGCUGUCAUACCAGUUGCUAGGAAUCGCAAGUGGUCAGAGGGCCGCUGCGCUCAUGUUCCUGCUUGGAGGUUUGCACAGGAAUUUGGUCAGCUGCUUUGAGAACAGGAUUGCACUAGAUGGGCAACCUUUGGCCAGACCUAAUGGACUUGUCCUCCAUUCACCAGAUCAGACAGUUGGUCUAUAUAGUUCAGUAUUUACACUGGCUGUGGCUGUCCAGGGUUUGAGGCAAGCGUCUUUCCAGCCUUAAUUGGCGGUGCCAUUGGGGGCUGAACUUGGAACCUUCUGCAUGCAAGGCAGACGUUGUACCACUUACAGCUCUUCUCCCUUCUCAUUUCCUCAUCCCAGGCUCCUUUGAAGGAACGCUGUCUUUUAACUACCUGUCUAUCAUGGUAUACUUCUCCUUAGUGCUGUAGUUCAAUUCAAGGGUCGUUUGCCUCUGGUUUUCUUUGAUCCCUGUGGUGCCCAUCGUGAGCAUCCUUUGUUGUGCAUGGAGGGUGAGCCUCAGUCUGAGCUUUAGCUGCACCUGAAAACAUCCCUGGCCCAGGUCUGUACCUCCUGGAUUAGAAGACUACUUGAUGUGAGCAUUUCUAAACAUUAGAGAUCUGGUGUCAAUGUCACCUGUCUUCUGCAAACGUGUAUCCCUGUCUGUUCCAUUUCCAUGAAAGUGACCUUACGGGAUGCAUCCACACAAAUAAUUACAACUAGUAUUGAGGUUGUCUGUGCUUUAGGGGACGAGUGGGAAGCUGUAAGAAGGUGUUUGCCUUACAUCUGUAUUGUUGACAGCUGUUUAGGAGCAGGAGUCCCUUUCCCCCCACAAGGGGGACUAUACCGAGUGAUGCUCAGGUGGCGCAGGGGCAGAAGAGGUCACUCUCUUUUGGUCUUUCUCUUUUGGUCUGCUUUCUAGAGAGGUCCUGCUUUAGGAGAACAGGAGGGACAUCAGAGCACUUUGAGGGUUUCAGUAGCUAUGUUCUCUCUCCAAAGUUGGUGGCAGUAUGCCUGUGAAUAUCAGUUUCUGGGAAUUGUGAGUGAGUGAAGUGUUGUUGCUCUCAAUUCCUGGUUGUGGGCUUCCCUUUGGGGUAUAUGAUUGGCCUCCGUGAGAACAUGAGGCUGGACUUGAUGGGCCCCCUUGGUCCUGAUCCAGCAUCCUGGUUCCUCUUAAUGUUCUUAUAUUGAAGGUAGUGGCUAAUUGUGACAAGUGGAAGGGAGUCUGACAUGUGCAAUACCAAACUGUUUGGCUGUUCGCUCCAGCUCCUUCCCGCAAGUGCUUCAACCCACCUUCUCAAGGAGUAUGGCUUCUCUCUAGAAGGCAGAGCAACAAUACAAGUAAAUGGCAUAGGAGUCCUGACAGUGGGUUGCUUGCUUCCUUGUGUACAAGGGCAGCUGAAGGUUUCCAAAGGACUUGCGCCAGGCUGGUUUCUCUCCAAAAUUAACAUUAAAGUGGUUCAAAUCUUUCCCAGGAACAUGCAGUUUAAAAGUGACUAUGUACUUGCAAAUUUCCAAGUGCUUCCUAUUUGUGCAGCACAAUUUGUAACGGGCCAUAAGUGCAGAUAACGUGGUUGACAUGGUCUGUCCUUUUAUAAGAUGAUGUGCUGAUGCUUUCAGUUGCCUUCCAGUCUUUAUAUGUGAAGGGCAUGUCUGCAUAAUUGGGGAUGUGGGGAAACAUCUGCAUGGAAUAGGUAAAUGAUUUCUAGGUUCAAGCAUCUGUUGUCUUUUUCUCUCUCUAGAAGCAAGCCACAAAUUCUUAGUCUCCAGUCUUCCUCAAGGCUCAACCAUUUUUCAAAAAUUUAUCUGCAUCAUGGGCUAAUGCCUUCGGAGCCCAGGGGACUUACUCAGCCCAAGCCUAAAGAUCCAUCUGAACUUUUAACAUCUGCAUUGUGGCUUUGUUUGAGCCACGCCCUCAUUGAACUUAGUCCCACAACCUGUGUUUAGUGCCAAGACGAAAGCCUUGGAAAUUGAGAAGUAAAGAAAAUAUAAGCAAUUACCUCUGAGUAUAAGCAGAGUGCCUUUCUCUUAACCUGUCAGGCUCCUCUUCUCUCUCCUUCCACCUCCCCCAACACACCUGGGACGCUGUAUCCAACAUCAGCUGUAACUCAGAGCAAACCCAUUGAAAUCAAAAGACCACAUGUCCAUUACUUUCAACGGGCCUCCUCUGAGUACAGUUAACAUUGGAGCCAACCCUUGGGGUUAUCAGGCAAGAUUCCCUAGUGAGAGGGCUAGAGCUUCAGCUUGGCUUGAGUUCUUAUUCUGAUCUUUAGGCAUUUGGAAUGCAGCUCCAGCCCCACUUGAGCCUUUAUGAACGAUUCCACCUUUGAUCCUGGAGGCAGCUCUUGCUUCAGGUACUGACUACGAACAAGCAGCUUUUUCAAGCUUGCUGCGUAUUCACAACAUCCUGCUGUGUCUUUUUCAGUCCAUGUGUGUAUCUGUACCCCUCUGUGAUUCCUUCCUUGCAGGGGGUUGAACUAGGUGUCCCUUGGGGUGCAUUCCAUCUCUACAGUUCUAUGAUUCUAUCACUAUUCAAUUGAACACAUUUUGAUAGCAGUGUGGCUGACCCUUGUAGGUGCUGGUAGUUGCAGUCCAAAACUGCUGGAAAGCGCCAGCUUGCGGAAGAAUACCUAAUCUGACAACUCGUUGCACCCCAUGUGCUUAGGAGAGGGGGACUUGAGUUUCCUCCAGCAUGCCAAUAUUAAUUGGGUUUCUGUGCAAGAGAGGGGCAGCCACAUUGAUGCAGAAGGCUGAACUGGACGGCCUCAGUAGAACUGGCUUCCUAAUGCUGCUGGUGUUUUUGUUUUCCCCCUUCAUUGUCUGCCCUGUCCUGCUGCCUGAGAUAUCUUUCUUUGCCUCUGCUUGCUUCCAAACUGCAAUCCCUUUCUGUGAGGGAGUGUCUUUCUGCAGCUUGAAAGCAUCGCUGCUUAAAAGCCUCCCUGGUGCCAUGUUUACAUGCAGGUUAUAUUCAGAUCAUUUAAUGAGCCUGUUGGAAAACAUUUGCUUGUGUGUGUACCUUCUUAAAGUGUCUCUGAGUGGAAAAUGAGGUGUCUCUUCUUAGUGGAAGGAAAUAUCGAAGGACUUGACUUUAGAUUACAGGUGCUGCUUUGGACUGCUUAUUAGGGAAGGCUUCAGCAGACACAAAGAAGUGGGUGGGUGUUCCCCUGUGGGUAUUUUUUAAUGAAAAAACCACCUUGGGAGCAUAUCUCCGUUCACCACUCCCAUGAUCUCCAUCCUUUUUGAGGCAGAUUUUCAGUUCUUUUUUAAAAAAAAAAACUGCCAGGAGAAAAAAAACCCAUAGCCUCAUGUUUUCCCCUGCUUUCCCCAACCACGUAUAUUCCUGAUGUUUUGGACUACAGCAUCAAUCAGCCCUAGCCAUCAUGGGAGAUGUUUAAAACAUCUGGAUGACCUCUGGUUGGGAAAGGCAUUUGUCUCAGUCUCAUGGAGCAGAAACAUCCCAUGUAAUGCUGGUGAUUAGGAAAUUACUCUGCAUUUGGUGCCUAGGAAACGGGGGUGGUGUUCCAGGGCUAAUCUUGCUCUUGCUGAGUUGUUGAUUUUCUUUCCAUUUUCUUAACCAGGGCCAAAAAUCUAGGUUCUGUUGUGCAAUGCAUUUCUCCCACCCAAGGUGCCAUAUUUGGAGAACUCUCCUCCUCCAGACUUGCAGCCAUAGGGAACCUCAAUAUGCCCUUCUCCCAGCACGGACACAUGCUAGCUGUUUGGUCUUACAGGACAGGCUUUCACCACUUGCCCUCCUCCCUCCUAGUCUCCCAGACCUUCCAACAGACAAGAAUGACCUGCCCACAUCAUGCCCACCCCUUGUGGGCAGCUUCACAAGCAAAUGGAGCGCCCAAGAAGGGCCCAAGCAGUGAAAGCAGCCAGCUGGGGUGUGGUUGGCAUGCACAUGUACACACAGACCUGUUUAACACUGGUAUGGAUGCAUUUCAGGGGCUGGGAUCUUGGUGUUCAGUAUCAGGAAAUCUUCCAUCUCCCCCAGUAUCCCUUGUGUGAAGAGUUGCCCUGUGCUGGGGUGAAUUUCUCUUGCGCCAUCAUGUGCCUGCCCUCUGAAUCUUAGCCAGUUCCUUGCAUGGACAGAAGCUAGGCAGGCAGUGUGUCUAUCCCAAAUAGCCCAGCCUGAUUCACCCUCAUCCCAGGUCCUCUGCAGAGCAGCAGUUUAUCAUUUCCAGGGCCGGUUAUGGGAACAGGAAGGCAUGAAUGAGGCUGGGUGAACAUUAAGUCUUAGACGUGCACUGCUGAAAUAUUUUUAAGUGUAACUUUGUCCGGCAAUUAUUCUCCUUGUUCUAUUCUGUAAGAUCAAUCAGUCUUGUCAAUUAAACUUUGAUAAUGAACACU